AUGUUUGAAAUUGAAACCCCGUUAGGGAAAACCAGCCUGCAUGCACUUCUCUGUAUAACAGUGCUUCUCUACUGUACGGGACUGAUAGUGUACCGAUUGGUCUUUCAUCCGUUGGCUAGAUUCCCCGGGCCCAAGCUGGCUGGCUUAACGAGUUGGUACGAGUGCUACUAUGACCUUGCAAAGGGAGGAAAGUUUCUCUGGGAAAUUGAGCGGAUGCAUCAGGUAUAUGGCCCUAUCGUCCGAAUUAACCCUAGAGAAAUUCACAUAAAUGACCCUGAAUAUUAUGACGAGAUCUACGCACCAUCCUGGAAGCGCCGGGACAAAGAUGAGGAAUAUGUGAAGCUCGAUGCUGCACCGGGCUCUGUCUUCUCGACCACCCAGCACGACCUCCACCACCGGAGAGCGUCGGCACUACUCCCCUUUCUCUCCAAAAAAUCUAUCCGAAGCAUUGAACCACUCAUUCGGGAAAAAGUCGAUCGGCUCUGUUCAUACUUGGAAACCUGCAUCGAACGCAAAAAAGUCAUUACUGUCAGUAGUGCUGCAAUGGGUUUGACUAUUGAGAUCAUCUCUAACUACGCGUACGGCGAGAGUUAUCCGUGCCUAGAUAGUGAUGUUUUGGGCUCAGAAUGGAAAACAACUCUAGCUGCCGCGAACGAGGAAGCGGCAUUCUUAAGGCAUUUCCCCUGGGUUCAUGGCUUGGUUCAAGUACUCCCAUCGAACAUUGUCGCCUUCCUGAAACCUACAUUGGCUCUUCUCACCCGGUGGCAAAAACAGAUUGACCAGCAGACUGCUUUAGUAUGCCAACAAUACCGGGAUGGAACACUACCGCCUGGGACGAUCUUCUCUGCGAUACUGGAGAGUGACCUGCCUAUUAACGAGAAGGAACCAUGGAGAUUAAAUAGCGAGGCCCAGAAUCUAAUACACGCUGGAAGCGAGACCUCUGCGAAAACACUUGAACUCUGCCUCUUUCACCUUCUUCAUGAUAACGCCAAGUUAAUUAGGUUGAGAGAGGAACUGAGAACUGUUAUGCCCAAGCCAACAACACCUGUUUCGUGGAGUGAGCUUGAGUCACUUCCAUAUAUGGCAGCAGUCGUACGAGAGGGUAUCCGCCUUCAACUAGGAAUUACCACACGGAGCCCCAGAAUCGCCCCGCAUGAGGAUCUGCAAUAUAAGGACUGGAGAAUUCCUGCGGGAACCCCUGUCAGCAUGAUCAGUUGGUUCGUCCACACCAACGAACAGCUAUUUCCUAAUGGUCUGGCAUUCGAGCCUGAGCGCUGGUUGAAGGCUACCGAAGCGGGUUUCAGAUUAGACAAAUAUCUGACCUCAUUCAUGAGAGGAGGCAGACAGUGUUCGGGAAUCAACCUCGCUUACUGCCAGAUCAACCUAAGUCUUGCGAUACUGAUUCGGCGGUUCGAUUUUGAACUAUACAACACUACUCUCACUGACGUUAGUCCUGAUAGGGACUGCUUUGUUGCUUAUCCCCCAAAGGGUAGCCAUGGAACAAGACUCAGAGUUGUAGGUAUCGCGAAGGAUUAA